GGGCGGUUCUUAGGUAAAGGGUAUGUAUGUGCCUAUGAUAUCAUCCCGAUUUUUUUGAACUCUUGCUCCGUUCCUUACGUCCCAACUUUCAGGUACCUAACUUGAUUUAUUCCUGCGAAUCACGGGAGCGAAGAUGUUCGCGAGGACGGCCACGGCCACGGCCCGGCGACAGCAACAGUUCCAACUAGGCUCGACGACACGGCUAUUCUCUAGUACCGCUUCGGUGAGGACGGAUUUCACACAUGUUGUCAUCGGCGGCGGCGCCGUCGGCCUCGCCAUCGCGCGAGCGCUAGCCUCCCACUCCUCUUCCUCUUCCUCUUCGCCAAGCGACACCACGCUCCUCCUCGAGCGCCACCCGCACAUCGGCACGGAGACCUCCUCGCGCAACAGCGAGGUGAUCCACGCGGGCCUGUACUACGGCGCGUCCUCGCUCAAGACGCGCCUGUGCAUCCGCGGGCGGGAGCGCAUGUACGCGUUCUGCGCGGCGCGCGGGGUGCCGCACGCGCGGGUGGGGAAGUGGGUUGUCGCGCAGAAGCAGGAUGGCGACGACGGCGACGAUGACGGGGCCCAGAUCCGCAUCUUGCGCGGCAUCCACGAGCUGUGCGAGCGCGAGCUCGGCGUCCCGACGAGGUGGGUCGGCAGGGCGGAGGCCGCGAGGGAGGAGCCGGACGUGCGGGCCACGGGGGCCGUGCUGGAGAGCCCCGAGACGGGCAUCGUCGAUUCCCACGCGCUGAUGAUGGCGCUGCUCGGGCAGUUCGAGGAGGACGGGGGUGUGCUGGCGCUUAAUUCCGCAGUUGUCGGGAUUGAGCCGUUAGCAUCCGGUUCUACCACCAGCAGCAGUAGUAGUAGCAGUAAUCUCCCCGGCAGCAACGGCUGGCGCAUCACAGUCCGCGACGCCGCAACAUCCACCUCAUCGACCAUAACGGCCUCCACCAUAAUCAACAGCGCGGGCCUGGGCGCCGCCGCCAUCCACAACAUGAUCGCGCCCGCCGACAGGCACGUGCGGCUGUACUACGCCAAGGGAAACUACUUCAGCUACGCCGCCUCGUCGCCCAAGGUCCGCCGGCUGAUCUACCCCGUCACCGCCCCCGGCGCCGGCGGCCUGGGCACCCACCUCACGCUCGACCUCGCGGGCCGCAUGCGCUUCGGCCCGGACGUCGAGUGGGUGUCGUCGCCGACGGACCUGGCCGUCAACGCCGCGCGCCUGCCCGCCGCCGUCGCCGAGAUCAGGAAGUACCUCCCGUCGAUCGACGAGGGGAGCCUGUCGCCCGACUAUGCCGGCAUACGCCCGAAGCUGGCGCCCGCGGGGGCCGUGGCGACGGGCGGGAAGGGGUUUGUGGAUUUCUACAUCAGGCGGGAGGACGGGUACGCCGGGUGGGUGAAUCUGCUAGGGAUAGAAAGUCCCGGGUUGACGAGCUGUCUGGAGAUUGGGGACAUGGUGCGGGAUAUGCUGUAUGGGAGCGGGAAGGUGGAGGAGUCGGCACCGCUAGAGACGCCGUAGAAAAAGGGGCCUUAGGACAGUUCAACAACGAUUUACGACAAAAUAGACACAAGCAUAGAUCUGAAAUAAAGAAAUACGAUCACCU